AUGUCAUCAAGCGCAUGGACGAAUCAUUUGUCUCGCGUGAGGACGGUCGAGCUUGCGCACAGGAAGAUUCCGGCUGCAAUGAAGACUCGGAUGAUGGUCAUGCGCAAAUACAACUCUACUGAACACCCGACCCUGUUCCACAAGGCGACGGACCUGGGCAAGGUGCUGAACAAGGAUAUGCGUUCUUUUGUCGGCAACGAGGUGUCUCCGUAUUCGGACGACGAGACGAAGAGCCAGCAUACGGAUGAUAGUAGUGGAGACGAGUUCGUCCAGCAUGCUGGUGCGAAUGGCAAGGGUAAGGCAAAGACAAAGGAGCCAUCAAAGGCAGCGAAGGCGGUAGUGAGGACAUAG